ACUUCCGUUUUCGCGGUAGAAUCUGUAAGGAACGUCUGUUAGAUUUCUUAACUUUCGGCAUAACAAAAUAGUGAUGUCUGAACUAAAACCUUGUAAGGUGUGUAAUUUUACGCGACAACAAUCAUACGGCUUGGUUGUACCUUCUCUGGACCAACUAAAGAUAAAAGGAAGUGAAUCUCUUGGGUUUAGCCCAAGUACCGCAGUCUCUGUGGUCUUAGAAGAUGACGGGACAAUAGUUGAAGAUGAGGCCUAUUUCUUGUGCUUACCUACAAACACAAAGUUCAUGCUCUUGCAUGAAAAAGAGACGUGGGCCCCACAACGAAGAAUUGAUGGCGGCACAGCUUGGAUGACCAGGGAGUCUGUGAAUUUUGAGAGCGACGUUGUGGACAGCUCAAUCAGUGGGAUCGAGCCCUGGUUCUACCUGGCCCAGCAACUCAAGAACGACCUGGCUAGCAUCAUACUGAUGUCGGAGGCAGAUUUACAAACGCUAGUGGACGUGCCUUGUUUAGAGCUGGCCUCAGCCCUGGGCUUCCUGGAGAGCAAGGUGCUGAAUCUCCAGGACACUCUACAGAGAGUGUUGGACCGCAGGGAGGAAGAGCGACAGUCCAAGGAACUGCUCCAGCUCUUCCUCACAGCAGUGGAGAGAGCGGACAGUCAAGAGGCAGAGCCUAGAAAUGACGGGUCGGGUGAUGUGGAUGUGACAGAUGGGCUGGAGGUGGAUUCAGCAUCAGGAUUCAUGUCCAGGACGCUGAUGGUCCUCAAGGGUAAAACAAGCCCUGAGACCAGGCUCUCCAAUGAGGAGCUGCAGAUGGUGGUGAACAAAGGUGCACGGGCCAUGGAGCAAGUCCUUGGCUGGGACUCUGAGAGGACAUUGGCGCUGCUGCAGGCAUGCAAGGAGCAAUUGAGCAAGCGGCUCCAGCAGGUUCAGGCCAUGCAGUCCCUCAGUAGCCACACACAACAACAGGCCAGCACGCAGCCCUCAGACAAGAGCCAAGCUACACAAGCCAAGCGCAGCAAGUAAGGAGUAGGGGGAAGUUGCCCUUACACGCUGAUCUUGGGUCAGUUUAGCAUUUUCCCCACUUAUGGUUAUGGUAAGGGAAGGGGAAGCUGAUCCUAAAUCUGUACCUAGGGAAACUUCACCCCGGAGCCAGCUAGUAAUACCCCUCUGUCUCUGACCACAGAACACACACUACCUGCUUUAAGACUGAGACAAUAAGUCACUUUGUAUCGACAUACAUUGCCCUCCGUCAGUAUUGGGAUGGUGAAGCAUUUUUUCUUGAAAUCAAACAAUGACUAUGAUGUUAAAGUGCACACUGUGAGCAUUAACUUGAGGGUACUUUCAUCUAUAUCAGGUGAGCCGUUUAGAAAAUACAUCACUAUUUGUAAAUCUAAUUUAUCAUUAUUCAUGAUUCAUUCAGGAUUAUCCGUAAUCAUGGGAGCAUCCACAUUAAUGUAGAAGUGUUAGAAACAA